ACAAAAACUCUAUGAUCAAAUCAGUGUCAUGAUGAAAUUAUUAUGUAGUUAGUGAAUUUGUGUGAAUUGUUUGUGUUUUGUUACAGUAUACCCAGAAAAAACAAUGCCGUCUAGCAAAAACUUAUAGUUUUUGCAAUAAAAUGGUAUUCUUCUGCUUCAAACGAAAACUUUGCAAUCAGUACUUAGGACACAGAACUAAUACAAAAUGGAAACUAAAAAGGACAAAUGGGAGGCUCUCGCCACCGUGAAAGCCUUCGAUUUAGGUUUAAAUCAAAACAGCCAACAUGAAUAUGUACUGCACCAGAGUAUGCAACAAGUAGAAAUAGUACAAUCAGCUGCCACCACUCCGAUCAGUCUCCUCAUCCAAUCCCUUGUCAAACAGCUAUGUGCACUCCUCGAGAAAGACAUGACCAGAGCGAACCAACUGUACAACACUAUAUGUGAGAAGCUACACAGCAUGCAUCUUAUAGAUGACUCAUACGCUAUGGGAGAGUUUGAGGCCAUGAGGAGCCAAUACCAACGGGCUCUUUAUCAACUAGUUACUGUUGCAACUGGUUCUGAAAUACCAAUUACGAUACCAGCUUCAUGGCCAAUCAAUCAACCAUCUUGCUUAGAAUGGUCUCGUUACCAUAGAGAGUUUGAUGAAUUAUACUACAUCGCUGGCGGAGGUUUCGGUAGCGUUUUCAAAGCCAAACACAGAUUAGAUGGAGUUGAAUAUGCUGUGAAAAAAGUUUUCAUCAAGUCUUGUGAUGUUGACUCAAUAAUGACUCAUUUGGCUGAAGUUAAAACACUGGCUAGCUUGAACCAUCCUAAUAUAGUUAACUACAAAGCCGCCUGGCUUGAACCGAUGAUAGAAUCUAAUGUGGCAAAGAAGAAACGUAAAUAUCAAAUGGACAUGGACAGUGAUGAAUUCUCUGCACUCAACUCCAGUUUGCUAUCUUCAAAGCUUAAUUUGAUUAAGUCUUUUAAAACUCAUAACUCUAAAGAACUUACCAAGCAUCACAGUCAGUCCGAUUUCAUUAUUUCCUUCAAAAACUCAAGCAGUCAAGAGCAAUCUGAUAAUUCUAUAGAAGAUUUUGAUGAAUCCGAGAGUGAUGAGGAUUCCGAUUCUCCUCAAGAAGAGCAAGCCGUUUGCAAACUUUUCAACAGCAAAGAGUACGAGAACUGUUCGAGAGUAAACUUAAAAUGGGCCACACUGUACAUCCAAAUGACAUACUGCAAGCAAACACUAAAGCAAUGGCUUGACGACCGCAACAACCUCAUGUCUACAUCCCGUAAGAGCUCUACCGAUCUGUCUUCAAGCGAUGACCCCGGGUUUGACAUUUCACCGGAUACAAAAUACCCUGUAGCAUGGACACAUAUUGAUGUUCUUAUAGAUAUGUUCACGCAGUUGGUGAAAGGGUUAAAUUAUAUACACUCUAAAGGUAUUAUCCAUCAUGAUGUGAAGCCUUCAAAUGUGUUUGUGGCACAGAGCGAGACGGGAGUGCUUGUGCAGUUAGGAGACUUCGGAUUGGCGUGUCCACUGCAGCAGUCGCACAGUGGCUUAGCGCUGGGUACACACCUGUAUGCAGCUCCAGAGCAGUUGGAGGGACAGUGCAACCCUAAGAGUGAUAUGUACAGCCUCGGCAUCAUCCUCCUAGAGAUGAUAGAGCCCUUCAGCACCGACAUGGAGCGAGUGAAGACCAUCACAGACCUCCGGAAAGGCCAAAUACCCGCCCAUCUCACUGCCAACUACCCUAAGAUAGCCCACAUCAUCGGAAAACUGGUCCAUCGACGCCCGGCUAAGCGACUUGAUACUAGGCAACUUUUAGAAGAACUUAAGACUCUAUCGGAGAAUAAAGAUGAAACCAUCAAGUCGCUGAGAGAGGAAUUGGCUGCGAAGGAAGAUGAAAUAGCGCAGUUGAAAAUGAUGCUGGCAAAAUUCAGUCACAAAUCUUGAAACGUAACAUCGAAACACCGACAAGUGUACUUAUGUGUGUGAGUGUGUGUUAUAUGUAAUGCUAUGUGUGGUCGGAGUGGGUAUGUAGAUUAUUAACUAUGAAUAGAUUGUUAGGUCUGUUUUCUUGCUGAACUGAUUGUUAAUUUCGUUUGUAUGGGACAGACAAAUUUAUAUUUCACAUCUCCUAUUCGGAAAAGGCUUUUUCUUCUCUGCUAGGAGGGAUCAAAGUGCCACUUUCCUGAUAUAAGACACUUUUUACUUUUGUUUAAAUAAUAUUUUAAAACAAUAAUUUCCUUACAGGUGAUGUGAAAAGCAGUACCUAUAUGUCACAUGGUAGCAAAAUUAUCACCACCUUGACAUUAACACUUGAAUCCCUCACUACUCAGGAUUCUCGGGACAUGCUUCGUUCAGGACUGUACGCCGUAAAUAUGUAAUUUUGCUCCCUUGUGACACAAUCUACUAUUGCGAUGAUGAAUCCCGUUUUCAAUACGACCUUACACUUUCACACACACACUUUCAUAGGGUUGAAUAGAGACCUAGUUGUUUAGUCUGCGAUUGAGUACGAUUUUGCAGCACUGAGGGUCGACCACGAACACCGAAAUUCGCAAGUUGCGGGCGUCUCUCUCUGUCACUCUAAUUACGCCUUAAUUGGAGUAAAAAAGAAAGAUGCAACUUGCGAAAUUCGAUUCUCGCGGUUAUAGCGCUGACAUCAAUUCAUUACAUAAGUAUUUUUGGCGUCAGACAUCAAACAAUCACAGGACCAUAGACAAUAACCCCCUUAUUCAUAAACGUGUACUGAAGUUACGAUGCCGCUAAUCAUCGUUUGUCCCUUUCCGACAUACUGGUAUGAUGGAAAGGAACAAACGAUGAUUAGCAGCAUCGUAACUUUAGUACACGUUUAUGAAUAAGGGGGUAAAUCUAUAGAAAUAAAUAUCUACAUCAGUGUAUCAAGAAAGCUAACUUUGAUCUAUUAUAGGCAGAGUGUGCGUGUUAGUACUUAUGAUUUAUUGAUAUGAACUUAAAGUCAUGUAGAACGCCUGCUGGAACCCGUUCACAGGCGCAACAAUAGACACCCAUGAACCGGUCGCAGUAGGCAUACUUAAAGUCUAAUUUGGAGUAAACCACGCUCUCAAACGCAUUAUCGAUAACAAUAUCAAUUGGUAUUACUAUUAGGUACUAUAGUUACGAAUUAGUAAUUGCUAUAAAGGUACCUACAGAAUUAAUAAUUAUAUAUGUUUUUCUUAUAUGUUUAUUCUUGAAUUAUUUGCUGAUACUUAAUGAAAUAUUCAUAGUUUAUCUAUAUUUUUGUUUGUUUCAUAAUUACUUAACCUUUUCUUUGAAAUAGAUCGUAAUAUUUUACUCACUCCGAUCAGUUUUUUUGGACAUGCUUUCUGACAAUUAAUAAAACGACAGUUUUAA